ACGUUAUCUGCAGUCAGCAUGUCCGCGUACGCUUCCAUCCGACGCUGUUCGCUCCUCGUAGCAUUGAUCGCGGUUGCUUGGGUCGUUGUAGCCGUCCGAGCUGACGAGCCUCUGUAUCCUGAAGGCCUCCUGGAUCGUCGGUUCGAAAAACAAGCGAACCUUGUCAACAUCCUCACGAGGAUGCUUGAGAACCAACAGGGCCGUUAUCUCUAUCAGGACCCUCUCUAUGUAGGGGGCAAGCGCUCAGGAGGUCUUGCCCCGGGCUUCGUCGGAGCUCGUGGUAAAAAGGCCGGGGGAGCACCAGGGUUCGUCGGUGCGCGGGGGAAACGUUUCUGGGUCUCGGAAGAGGAGAGGCGUCGAUAAUUUCCCUCCUCAGAUCGGUGCUAGUGAACGACGGUGUUUCGACGAGGAUGCUCUAGACAGGAUAUUCGACGGGAGAAAAAAAAGAGAAAAACAGAGCCCGAGGGCGAACCUUGCUUAUGAUGAUUUAAGUGAAGUACAUAGAGGAAUACUCUAU